UUCUCUCAUAUGAUGUAUGGGGCAGUUCAAAAGACAUUUUAUAUGCUUCACACUUCUUGUUUCAGUUUACAAGCAUUUCUGGAACUAUCAUUGGAGCAAUUCUGGGACUGAUACAUUUCUGCAAUUCAAUAGUAAACAGGUAAAAGCAGAUUUGUCGAGCAUCAGAUUUUCCUCCUUUUACAUAAGUUUUCAUCGACCAUGGAUCUUCUUGGCUAUAAUGUUCCAGGCUGCAGCAAGGUGCCUGUUAAACAAUAUAUGUGCUUUAAAGUCAAGAGCGCAUAUGAUAAGGAUUGACAUUCAUAGAAUAGAUCAGGUACAACGCAACGGACACGAAAAAAGAGUGAAAUCCAGAAUAGAAGAUUAGAUAACCAAAAUGAUUGUUUCACCCAGACUGAAACGAUCAUUUCACCCACUUUAAUAUCCGAAAUUGUUCAGAAAGUCAAAAUGAUCGGUUCGGGAAGCUCAAAACGAUCGUUUUGAGUCGCAAAAAUCAGAAAAUUGCUUAGAAACUUGAAACGAUCAUUUCACUUCAUGUAGAAACGAUCGUUUCAUUUAAUAUAGAAAUGAUUGUUUGGUCAGUCAUAAUUGGAAGGGAAAUUCCCAAAAAAAUCAUCCAAUUAUGAGAUAACUAUCUCAUUCAUCACGAACUUUUAAAAUUUUUAAAUUCAUACUGAAUUUGAUUUUUUUUUCUAAAACAUCAUUCGAAAUUUAAAUUUUACCAAAAUCCUCAUCGCAACAGAAUUAAUUUUGCCAAAUAGGCAGAAAGCGCCUACAUGGCGCCUACGUGCCAUGUACGUGUUCGCCACGUAGGAUACACGUG